UCGAACUUCAUCUCCCAUGUGGCAUUGCGAGCGGUCUGUUUCUAGGUGUCUAGCAAGUAACAGCUAUCAGCCCAGACAGCCGGCGGCAACGGGAGCGGUAUUUCUUGGUGUGUCUUUCCACGAUUAUUUGCUGCGGGGUUUUCAUAAUUAAUAGUCGCUUGGCUGAAAAUAGUGAAAACACAACCCUGACCCCUGCACAGAGAUAUGAGCGGCAGCGGGCGGCCCAGGACCAGCUCGUUUGCUGAGCCGCCAGGUGUUCCAGGAACUGCCGCUGCGUCCACCGGAUCAGCCGCUGCCGUGGGGAGCAGCACAGGAAAGUCCGGGGUCCCGCAGGCCUCCGGCAGCAGCUCGUCGGGAUGCUCGAACCUUAAGCUGGCCAGAGACAACGGGAAGGUGACUACAGUCGUGGCCACACCAGGUCAGGGCCCGGACCGCCCACAGGAAGUCUCUUACACUGACAUCAAGGUGAUUGGCAAUGGGUCGUUUGGUGUUGUGUAUCAAGCUCGCCUCAUUGACAGCCAAGAGAUGGUGGCCAUUAAAAAGGUUCUGCAGGAUAAGAGGUUCAAGAAUCGGGAACUACAGAUCAUGAGGAAGCUGGACCACUGCAACAUUGUCAGACUACGUUACUUCUUCUACUCCAGUGGAGAGAAGAAAGAUGAAGUGUAUCUCAACCUGGUGCUGGACUUUGUCCCUGAGACGGUCUACAGGGUUGCCAGGCAUUUUAACAAGGCCAAGAGCAUCAUUCCUAUCAUAUAUGUGAAGGUGUACAUGUACCAGUUGUUUCGCAGUCUGGCUUAUAUCCAUUCCCAGGGUGUGUGUCACAGAGACAUCAAGCCCCAAAACCUGCUUGUCGACCCAGAAACUGCAAUCCUCAAGCUGUGUGACUUUGGCAGCGCCAAGCAGCUGGUCCGCGGUGAACCCAACGUGUCGUAUAUCUGCUCACGGUAUUAUCGCGCCCCUGAGCUCAUUUUUGGUGCCACAGACUACACGGCAAACAUUGACAUCUGGUCAGCAGGCUGCGUACUGGCUGAGCUGCUGCUCGGACAACCCAUAUUCCCCGGUGACAGUGGGGUGGACCAGCUCGUAGAGAUUAUCAAGGUCCUAGGAACCCCAACAAGGGAACAAAUCCGAGAGAUGAACCCAAACUACACAGAAUUCAAGUUUCCUCAGAUCAAAGCUCAUCCAUGGACCAAGGUGUUUAAACCUCGCACCCCUCCAGAGGCCAUCGCUCUUUGCUCCCGGCUGCUGGAGUACACGCCGGCCUCCCGGUUCUCCCCACUAGAGGCCUGUUCACACACCUUUUUUGACGAGUUGCGCCAGCCGAACACACGACUGCCGAGCGGCCGAGAACUGCCCAUGCUCUUCAACUUCAGCACCACAGAGCUGUCCAUCCAGCCCCAGCUGAACCCAACCCUCAUUCCUCCCCACGCUCGCGCUCAUACAGCUGCUUCCGCCCACGAUGGUACCGGUUCAGAUUCAUCUCAACACAGUUCAGUACCAGGAUCUCUUAACAGCAUCUGAAGCAGCUCCUCACCUGCCUGCCAGCCUGACCCUUAUCUCUCUCUCACUCUCACACACACACACACACACACACACUGCACACACUACUGCUUUCUUCCAUGCUGCUUGCUCUCCUCUUAGAUGAUCUGUUUUUGUACAGUAACUGCAUUGAACAAACAUUAGUUCUGUAGCUGCCAGGGGUGAAACUACGGCAGGUGAUUGUUAAACACACACACACGGAGUUGUCUCGCUGCUGCUUGGGUGGUCUGUAAAGGUUCAAUAGUCGGGGCUGGUCCUCUGUAAUAUAACCUUGUUUUUUUUUUAUCAACAUUUUUUUCUUCCUUCUUUGUUUAUUUAUUUGACUAAUUGAAAGCAAACAUUUUUGUCUCUGGAGUUUUCCUUUUUUCCACAUCAGAUUAUUUUUUUAUAUUCUUAAAUGUUUUUGCAUCUGAACUGUACACUGCCUAACCAAGAUCAGAACUGGCCCCAAGUAGGUCAUCAGGGUAAAGGAUGUUUUAUUCAACUCAGGGCGGGAGAGCGGAUGCAAGGAAUGAUACAUUUCUAAAUCCUCCAGCCACUUUAUAUUUACCAAUCCAGCCUGAUGUUUACAUUUAAAUUUAACCUCCACAUCUUGUUAAUUUAUCUGCUUAAAUGGCAGGUAGAGUAGAAAACCUCAUCAGUACCAGGGUAGCAAUUAUCAGUGUAUGGUUGGAGGUGUAUUGCCCCUUAUGUGAAUCAUGUUAAGUGGCUGCAUUACUUUAUGCAGACUGACUCCACCAGUCACCGCGUCUGGUGUCCAUGUGUUUGGUUCCUGUUCUAGAGCGUUUUGUCUGCUUAACGCGUGAAAUGUUCCUCUGAGAAACCAACAAAACUUUGUUGGAAAGUCGAUCAUCCGGAGGUAUAUUCAACUCCAUCUUCUGUUGUUCAUCACCUCAAAAAUUAGGCCAGACCUGUAAACGUCAGUUGUGGGGAAAAAAAGUGUGAAUGUGCUGCUCAGCGAAAAGCAGAUCUAGAAAAUGAGCAUUUUGAAAUUGAGCAAA